AUGGCCGGCUGCAACCCGUGCAAUCGAGACUUUGAGGUUGAAAUAUCUGACCAUGACGGUGAGCACCCGUCUCGGAGAGUCAAAGUCAAGUCAACUCGGGCUUCUCAGCAUGGUCCUGCUCCUACGACUCCUGCCACUCAUACGACUCCCGCCACUCCCGCUGUAGCUCCACUGCCUGCAAAUAUGAAACGCAGGUCGAGGGAGUACUCGGGCUCUUAUGGCAAUUUCAAAGGGAUGUACAAAUCGACAGAUGAGUACCCUGCUGAUUCUAGUAGUAGGCCAGCACAGCAGUCGACCCCAGCUCCGCCACCAACAGCAGGGCAGCAAACAGAGCCUGCUCAAGGUGAAGAAGGACGUCACCAUAGGAGGCAUAGCCAUCGUCAUAGUAGACAUAGUCACGGUCAUAGUCAUGAUAGUGAUAAUGGAGACCAACGACACUCAGGCAGUCACAGCAAAAACGGACUCAGCUCUUUCUUGGAACUUCUAGGCAAAGCUUUCUCAAUAUGGGAAUUACUUAAUGCCUGGCCAGGUGGAAGCAACCACACAGGCGGAAGCAACCAUAGGGAAGGUGGCAAUUCGCAUAGAGAGACCCCCGCGUGGGAGAAUAUCUUGAGAACUGUCACGGAAGUCAUUGGAGAAGAUGAGAGUGGGUCCAGCACGCCACCCGCACGUGAGAGUAACCACAGGAGCAGACAUGGUAGAGAUAAUGAGUCCGAGAGAUAG